GCGGGAGCGAGUCGGCAGAGCCGAGAGGAAGGCGGGAUUUGACAGCUGUUAAGGCCGGGAGCGUAGGAGCCCCAGGACGCUGGAGUGCAAAAUGGGCGAGUUGCCCUUAGAUAUUAACAUCCAGGAACCUCGAUGGGACCAAAGCACUUUCCUGGGCAGAGCCCGGCACUUCUUCACUGUUACUGAUCCCCGGAAUCUGCUACUAUCUUCGGAGCAGCUAGAAGCUUCCCGGAAUAUCGUGCAGAACUACAGGGCCGGCGUGGUGAGCCCAGGACUCACUGAAGACCAGCUGUGGCGUGCCAAGUAUGUGUAUGAUUCUGCCUUCCACCCCGACACGGGGGAGAAGCUGGUCCUGAUCGGCCGAAUGUCAGCGCAGGUGCCCAUGAACAUGACCAUCACCGGCUGCAUGCUUACAUUCUACAGGCAUACCCCCACCGUGGUGUUCUGGCAGUGGGUCAAUCAGUCCUUCAACGCCAUCGUCAACUACUCCAACCGCAGCGGUGAUGCUCCUAUCAGCAUGGGGCAGCUGGGGACAGCGUAUGUGAGUGCCACGACUGGGGCAGUGGCCACAGCUCUGGGACUCAAGUCACUCACCAAGCACCUGCCUCCACUAGUGGGCAGGUUCGUGCCCUUUGCUGCUGUGGCUGCUGCCAACUGCAUCAAUAUCCCCCUCAUGAGGCAGAGGGAGUUGCAGGUGGGUAUCCCAAUAACAGAUGAGGCUGGUCAGCGGCUGGGCCACUCUGUGACUGCUGCCCAGCAGGGGAUCUUCCAGGUGGUCGUCUCAAGAAUCUGCAUGGCAAUUCCAGCUAUGGCCAUCCCACCUGUGAUUAUGAACACUCUGGAGAAGAAGGACUUUCUCAAGCGUCGUCCCUGGCUGGGAGCACCCCUGCAGGUGGGGCUUGUGGGCUUCUGCCUGGUGUUUGCCACGCCCCUGUGCUGCGCCCUGUUCCCCCAGAGAAGCUCCAUCCAUGUCAGCAGGCUGGAACCAGAGCUCAGAGCUCAGAUACAUGAGCGAAAUCCCAGCAUUGAAGUGGCUUACUACAACAAGGGGCUUUGAAGGAGCGUGAGAGUCCUCAUUCCCCUCCCUGACUUCCAUGGGCGACCACUUAAUGGAGCCUUGCCUCUGUCUAGGACCUGGCAGAGUGGAGCAGCCAUCGAGACCAGCAGUUGUUAGGCUGGGAGAGGCAUCCAUAAUCUUUCUCUCUCCUCUCUGGUUUCAGGGUGCAGGCCACAUUUCCCUUUCUCCUCUUCCUGUAAGGUUACACAGAUAUGUACAUGGUAUGUGUGUAUUUGUGUGUGUGUGUGUGUUUGUGUGUGUGUGUAUUUGCAUGUGUACAUACCCUCCAGGAAGCCAGGGGCAGACAUCUGGCCUAGCCUGCCUUUGUCUUCCCUUCCCAGCCUCCUGCCACCUGCCACCUGUUAUUCAGGUGACAGGCCUUCUUCCCUCUCUGAAACACUUCCACCAGCCAAGUUGUUUCUGACAGUACCAUCACUCCUCACUCAGAGCAUGCCCCUGGAUCUCAAGAACGAGACUGAGGGACACUCAGGGCUCUCCCCAACAUCUCACAGGAUAUUAUAGGUCCAGAACAAAGGAGUGUCCUGGCCUGUUUCUGCCAACCUCCCACCUACCCCCCCCCCAAUGAUCAUGUGAGUAUCUUUAGGCUCAAACCGAAGAUUUCUUUGUCUGCUCUGAUAUCAACACCUCAAAUAGAAACACUCCACCCUCCUAUCCCAACGUAAGCCCCAAAGGCCGAGCCAGCAUUCCCACUCCAGAGCUCCUGGGGAACCUCUGACAGAGCACACCUGCUGUGGGAUGGUGCUUACCCGCCUGUGGCAUCUGAAGGUGACUAGAACACCUGGAAGGCAACUGGGCCCCAGCUGUACAGUUUUAAUACAGGGCAGUCCGCAUUUCAACACUCUGCAGAACUCAACUCAUGUUUACUCCUUUUCUUUCUUGAUGUUUGGCCCUGUUCCUAUCACCUCCACCCUCUGGAGGAGGAGCUGCCCUUCCUUUCCAUCCAGGGUACUACCUGAGGGAGGGAGUGGAUUGGGUGAAGAGGUCCAUUGGGGGAUAUCAGCUCUUCCUGCUUUUACAACCACCUGCCACCUGUAAUGGAAGCUAAAACACUUAUCACUCAAUAAAUGGAAAAACUGCCUA